GCGCGCAGGGUCGGAGUGGUGGUGGUCCUGGGGACCUGGGCAGCUGAAGGAGCCGGAGCCCGGCCGGGAUGAGAAGGUGACGCCGCCGGGGGGCGCCACUCGCUUUGUGGGGAAGAUGCUCGCCUACUGCGUGCAAGAUGCCACCGUGGUGGACGUGGAGAAGCGAAGGAACCCUUCCAAACACUAUGUGUACAUCAUCAACGUGACCUGGUCCGACUCCACCUCCCAGACCAUCUACCGGAGGUACAGCAAGUUCUUUGACCUGCAGAUGCAGCUUUUGGAUAAGUUUCCCAUCGAAGGUGGCCAGAAGGACCCCAAGCAGAGAAUCAUCCCCUUCCUUCCAGGCAAGAUCCUCUUCCGGAGAAGCCAUAUCCGGGAUGUAGCUGUGAAGAGGCUGAAGCCCAUCGACGAGUACUGCCGGGCGCUUGUCCGGCUGCCUCCCCACAUUUCACAGUGUGAUGAAGUCUUUCGCUUCUUUGAGGCCCGACCGGAGGAUGUCAACCCCCCAAAAGAGGACUAUGGCAGUUCCAGGAGGAAAUCAGUGUGGCUAUCCAGCUGGACUGAGUCUCCUAAGAAGGACGUGACAGGUGCCGACACCAACGCCGAGCCCAUGAUCCUGGAACAGUACGUGGUGGUGUCCAACUAUAAGAAGCAGGAGAACUCAGAGCUGAGCCUCCAGGCCGGGGAGGUGGUGGAUGUCAUCGAGAAGAACGAAAGCGGCUGGUGGUUCGUAAGCACCUCUGAGGAGCAGGGCUGGGUCCCUGCCACCUACCUGGAGGCCCAGAAUGGUACUCGGGAUGACUCAGACAUCAACACCUCCAAGACGGGGGAAGUGUCCAAGAGACGCAAGGCCCAUCUGCGGCGCCUGGAUCGCCGGUGGACCCUGGGCGGGAUGGUCAACAGGCAGCACAGCCGAGAGGAGAAGUAUGUCACUGUGCAGCCUUACACCAGCCAAAGCAAGGACGAGAUUGGCUUUGAGAAGGGCGUUACCGUGGAGGUGAUCCGGAAGAACUUGGAGGGCUGGUGGUACAUCAGAUACCUGGGCAAAGAAGGCUGGGCGCCAGCAUCCUACCUGAAGAAGGCCAAGGAUGACCUGCCAGCCCGGAAGAAAAAUCUGGCGGGCCCCGUGGAGAUCAUCGGGAACAUCAUGGAGAUAAACAAGAAGGCGUCUGGGGACAAGGAGGCUCCUCCAGCCGAGGGCGAGGGCCCCGAGGCCCCCAUCACCAAGAAGGAGAUCAGCCUGCCCAUCCUUUGCAACGCCUCCAAUGGCAGCGCCCUGGCUGUGCCCGAGAGGACCGUCUCCAAGCUGGCCCAGGGCUCUCCCGCUGUGGCCAGGAUUGCCCCUCAGAGGGCCCAAAUCAGCUCCCCAAACCUAAGGACAAGACCCCCACCACGCAGAGAGUCCAGCCUGGGGUUCCAGCUGCCUAAGCCGCCAGAGCCCCCUUCCGUUGAGGUGGAGUACUACACCAUCGCCGAAUUCCAGUCGUGCAUUUCCGAUGGGAUCAGCUUUAGGGGCGGACAGAAAGCAGAGGUCAUCGACAAGAACUCGGGCGGCUGGUGGUACGUGCAGAUCGGCGAGAAGGAGGGCUGGGCUCCCGCCUCGUACAUCGACAAGCGCAAGAAGCCCAACCUAAGCCGCCGCACCAGCACCCUGACGCGGCCCAAGGUGCCCCCUCCGGCACCCCCCAGCAAGCCCAAGGAGGCCGAGGAGGGGCCUGUGGCUGCCAGCGAGAGCCAGGACUCCCCACCGAAGCUCAAGUACGAGGAGCCUGAGUACGACAUCCCUGCCUUUGGCUUCGACUCGGAGCCGGAGCCGGGUGAGGAGCCCGGAGGGGGCAGGCGGCCCCCGCAGCCCCACAGGCCCUCGCCUGCCUCUUCCCUGCAGCGGGCCCACUUCAAAGUGGGCGCAUCUUCAGAGGACGUGGCACUGGAAGAGGAGACCAUCUAUGAGAACGAGGGCUUCAGGCCAUUUGCAGAGGACAACCUGUCGGCUAGAGGCUCCUCUGGGGACAGUGACUCCCCGGGGGGCUCCUCGUUGUCCCUUGCCAGGAAAAACUCCCCCAAGUCAGGCUCUCCCAAGUCAUCGUCACUCCUAAAGCUCAAGGUGGAGAAGAACGCCCAGGCAGAGCUGGGGAAGAACCACUCCUCGGCCUCCUUCUCCUCGUCCAUCACCAUCAACACCACCUGCUCCUCCUCCUCCUCCUCCUCCUCCUCCUUGUCCAAGAACACUGGUGACCUGAAGCCCCGCUCUGCCUCGGACGCAGGCAUCCGCGGCACCCCCAAGGUUGGGGCAAAGAAGGACGUCGACGUGAAGUCUGGGCUGACCUCCUGUGCCCGGGCCAAGCCGUCAGUCCGGCCCAAGCCAUUCCUGAGCCGAGCAGAGUCGCAGAGUCAAGAGAGGAUGGACAUCAGCACUUUACGGCGCCAGCUGCGGCCCACGGGCCAGCUCCGGGGCGGUCUCAAGGGCUCGAAGAGCGAGGAUUCAGAGGUGCCCCCACAGACAGCCUCCGAGGGGCCCAGUGAGGGGUCCAGGAGAGGCUCAGCCGACCUCGUCACCCUCCCAGCCACCACCCCCCCGUGCCCCACCAAGAAGGAGUGGGAGGGGCAGGCCACCACCCACACGACGUGCAGCGCCUACCAGAAGGUCCAGGACUCGGAGAUCAGCUUCCCCGCGGGCGUGGAGGUGCAGGUGCUCGAGAAACUGGAAAGCGGCUGGUGGUACGUGCGGUUUGGGGAGCUCGAGGGCUGGGCCCCUUCCCACUAUUUGGUGCUCGAAGAGAGUGAGCAGCCUGACCCUUCUGGCAAGGAGCUGGAUGCCGUGCCGGCCAAGAGCAGGCAGAACGAGGGCAAGUCGGACAGCCUGGAGAAGAUCGAGAAGCGGGUCCAAGCCCUGAACACGGUCAACCAGAGCAAGAGGGCCACGCCCCCCAUCCCCUCCAAGCCCCCCGGGGGAUUCAGCAAGACCUCGGGUGCUGGGGCUGUGAAGAUGAGGAACGGCGUGCGGCAGGUGGCUGUCAGGCCGCAGUCGGUGUUCGUGUCCCCACCACCCAAGGACAACAACCUGUCCUGCGCCCUGCGGAGGAACGAAUCACUCACGGCCACUGACGGCCUCCGCAGCGUCCGCCGGAACUCCUCCUUCAGCACUGCCCGCUCUGCGGCCUCCGAGGCCAAGGGCCGCCUGGCUGAGCGAGCCGCCAGCCAGGGCUCGGACUCCCCCCUGCUGCCCACUCAGCGCAAUGGCAUCCCUGUGUCCCCUGUGCGCCCCAAGCCCAUCGAGAAGUCCCAGUUCAUCCACAACAACCUCAAAGACAUGUACGUGUCCAUCGCGGACUACGAGGGGGAUGAGGAGACGGCAGGCUUCCAGGAAGGGGUGUCCAUGGAGGUUCUGGAGAGGAACCCCAAUGGCUGGUGGUACUGCCAGAUCCUGGAUGGGGUGAAGCCCUUCAAAGGCUGGGUGCCCUCCAACUACCUUGAGAAGAAGAACUGACAGGGGCCGGGGU